CUAAGGUGCUUUGAGAGAAGAAUCGCUUUGCAUUUCUAUAAGCAUCCACACAAACACACGUGAGUUAAACACAUUCCUUUUAUCCCACUGUCACCUCUGUUCAUAAAAGCUUGAAAGAUUCCAAAAACACUGUGAAAAACCCAGCUUACCAAACAUGAACAUGGGUGACAGCCUUCAAGGGUCUUUAAAAACAACUAUCUUGUCUUUGGAAGGUGAAGGGGCAUUUCUUUUAAAAGAGAGGAACUUCUCACAGAAUGAGUAGAUAGUGAUCUGUCUACUUGUUUCAAAACAACUUUACUAUGUUCCUAAUAUGUACAAACAGGAACUCCAAAAUGUUUGCAGGAUGAAGUCACCCACAAUACCCUUUCUCUCUCUACUCAGCAGAUACACAUUGCAAAAUGAUGUUGUUCUGUAUACCCCAUUAACUGCUAUGGCUUCCCACAAAGUUUCCUUUGGAGUCGUAGUUUGAAUAAUGAGCAUGCAGUUAAAAAUCCCUAGCAAUUACAAUUUCAGUGGGAGGGCGAAGUGGUUUCCUCACAGUGGCUGACCAGAUAUCUAUGGGAAGCCCACAAGUGGGACUUGAGCACAAGAGCAACUCUCCCCACUUGUGAGCCCCAGAAACAGGUGUUCAAAGGCACACUGCCUCCAACAGUGGAGGGAGAACAUAGCCAUCAUGCUUCAUAGGCACUGACCCAGGGGGACUUAUUUCCAAAUAGACAGACAUACCGUAGGAUUGCAAGCCACAGUACAUGGGAUUGCAAAUUGCUCAGAAUUGGAAUCCUGGGCCUCAUUAAAACUCACCAGCAUUUCUGUGCAAAUUUCUCUGAAGAUACAGAUUUUUGCAUAGCAUUUCCCACUAAUAAACAUGUAUUUUUUGCGUGUUCUUUUCACUUCUAUAUGCAUUAAUAUGCACAUUUUACCAAGGUUAUAUGCAUUUUUGUACACAUUGCGUGACGAGAACUGAUCUGCAAACUUCAAAGAAACACAAAUUUCAAAAGAUGGCUGUGUUUUCAUUUAUGGCUUUGGAAAUUAGGUGAUUUUACCUUUAAGUGUGAACUGAAUCAAUUUUCUCCCACACCCCAUCCCUAAUUUACAUACAUGUAAAUUUCACAUGCUGCAUUUCUCUCUCUCACACACACACACACCAACUGAUACACAGUGACUGGGUAAGGUCCAGUUUGGAUAACAAAUGACCAGCUUAUCUCCCUUAAUGGCCCACAGCCAAGCUACUUUGAUCCCAACUUUUGCUUGGGAAAAUUGCAGGCAAAUAUCCCCAAAUGACUAGGAAACUGCUGGAGAGUCAUCUGGAGUGUUCUGAAUGAAGAAUGAUGGGUCAUAACUUUAACACCCACUUCUGGAGGGUGUGGUGAUGCCGGUCUUCCUAAUCACCACCCAGCCUCCCCAAGGCUUCUGCACAGCCAACACUUAGCCAAGGAUGGACUCUCUGCCACUGCUCAUCUAUUUCUGUGCCACAGUGCUGACGCCAUGCCAUGGAUUCAGUUUGGAUACCGAACAGCCAACCGUCUUCCAGGAAGCAGCAGUGGGCUUUGGGCAGACUGUAGCGCAGUUCGGAAGUGGAAGAAAUGGAGGGCUGUUGGUUGGUGCCCCACUCCAGAAGGGGGAAGUAAAUGAAACGGGUAAACUCUACAAAUGCCAGCCGGGGCGAAGUAAAUCAGGCAUUUGCCAGGAGGUCCUUGUGCAAAGACCCACUGAUGCUGUGAACAUGUCUCUCGGUAUGUCUGUCUCUGUCCAAGACUCCCAGUUGCUGGUGUGUGGUCCCACAGUCCAUCAGACUUGUGGGGAAAACAUAUACCUCAAGGGCUAUUGCUUUCACCUGGAUGAAAAUUUGAGGGAGAUACAACACUUUCCUAAGAACCAACCAGAAUGUCCAAAACAGCUUUCUGACAUAGUUCUUCUGAUAGAUGGUUCAGGAAGCAUCAAGCGCCACGAGUUUCAACAAAUGAAGACAUUUAUAUCGGAGGUCAUAAAGCGUUUUGAAAAUACUGGCACCCAGUUUGCCUUGGCCCAGUAUUCAGACAAAUAUCAAGAACACUUCAACUUUCUUCAGUUCAAGAACACUCAAGAUCCCAAUACACUUCUUAGACCAGUUAGACAGCUGCACGGGGCUACUCACACAGCUACAUUUAUACAGAAAGUGGUGCGUGAGCUCUUUGUCCCAGCAAAAGGAUCCCGCAAUGGUGCCUCUAAGAUUCUCAUUGUGAUAACAGAUGGAGAGAAAAGCGGAGACAACCUGGAGUAUAGUGACGUGAUACCAGAGGCUAACCAUGCCGGCAUCAUCCGUUUUGCCAUUGGGGUUGGAGCAGCUUUUUCUCGAGGCACACCAAGGCAAGAGCUCAACACUAUUGCCUCUUACCCGCCCUCGGACCAUGUUUUCUCUGUGAACAACUUUGAUGCUCUCAAGGACAUCCAGAACAAGCUUAAGGAUAAAAUUUUUGCCAUUGAAGGUACACAUUCCCAAGGUGGUACAUCCCAAAGCUCCUUCCAGUAUGAGAUGUCCCAGGAGGGAUUCAGUGCCUUGCUAACCCCGGUUGGACCCAUUUUGGGAGCAGUAGGAGCUAAUGACUGGUCUGGAGGACUUUUCUUAUAUGGGGACCCUGAUAAACCAGCCUUUAUUGAUGUGCCCAGCUCCACUAAGGAUAUGAACGGAGCUUAUCUUGGUUAUGCAAUGCAGAUGGUUCAAGUGAAUGGCCAGAGCAGCUUUGUGGUAGGAGCCCCUCGCUACCAACAUGCCGGCAAAGUGUUUUUAUUCAGCCGACAAAAUUUGCAGUGGCAGAAGACAUCAGAGUUGUCUCCAAAGGAGUCCCCCCAGAUUGGCUCAUACUUUGGUGCUACACUUUGCUCCGUGGACCUUGAUAGAGACAAAAACACAGAUCUGGUUCUUAUUGGUGCUCCCAUGUACUAUGACGGCAUGGCAGGAGGAGUGGUCUACAUCUGCGAGAGGCAGGAGGAUGGGUUUUUCUGCAGCCAGAAAUUGCGGGGGGCAGCCAAACAGCCCUUGGGCCGCUUUGGAGCCAGCAUAGCAGAAAUAGGCGAAAUAACUGGGGACCGAUGGACAGAUGUGGCCAUUGGGGCUCCAAUGGAAGAUGAGAACCAAGGAGCUGUGUACAUAUUCCAUGGGAGCAGAAGAUCCAUCAUCCCAGCAUAUAGCCAGCGCAUCCAAGGCUCUCUGCUUCCCAAUAGGCUCCAUUACUUUGGCCAGGCUAUUGGUGCCGGGAGAGAUCUGACUGGAGAUGGACUCCCAGACGUAGCAGUGGGGGCUCAAGGAAGAGUGCUGCUGCUGAGGGCUCGGCCCGUGGUACGAGUAGUGCCCACUAUCACCUUCACCCCGAAUGAGAUCCCCAUCGCUGCCUUUGAAUGCCAGGACCAGGAAGUUCUUAACAAGGAAGUCAGUAAGGCAACUGUCUGCCUCACUGUUAUGUCGGAUCCUCGGUUUACACAAGGCAGCAGCCUUUUGAACACCAUUACGUACAAGUUGAACUUGGAUCCUGGUCGAAUGAGGGUUAGGGCCAUUUUUAACGGAAAUCCAGACUCUUCCUCCAUCACCAAGGAGAUAAAAAUGGGACUGAAGAGACACUGUGAGGAGUAUCGCAUAAAGUUGCCGACCUGCGUAGAAGACAGCUUCACACCCAUAAACCUCCGGUUGAAUUAUACUCUCAUCGGAGAUCCCAUUCCUGGUGCUGACAACCUGCAAGCCAUCCUAAGCAAAGAUAGCUCCCCUAUAUUUACAGCACCGCUACACUUUCAAAAGAAUUGUGGUGCAGAUGGAGUCUGUAAAGACCAGUUAAAAACCUCCUUCAAUUUCUCAGGCCUGGACACUCUGGUGGUGGGUCUGACGCCUGAGCUCAAUGCUACGGUCUCCAUCCGGAAUGAUGGGGAGGAUUCCUAUGGCACCACUGUGACCUUCUUCUACCCUUCCGCACUGUCCUACCGCAGGCUCUCACUAUUGAAGUCCAACAGGAGAAAUGUGGCUAUUAAAUGUCCUUCUACCCCUGCGGCAGAGGAUGACCUCAUGAGGAACACCACCUGUAACAUCAACCACCCCAUCUUCCGGACUGGGGCUGAGGCUAUUUUCAUUGCCACCUUUUCCGUCUCCCAGAAUGCAGAUCUGGGGAGAGAAGUACAGAUCAAUGCCACAGCUGGCAGUGACAACAAUGGCCCUGUAACUCCGGACAUGAUUCACCAAGCGAAGCUGCUCGUCAAAUAUGCAGUAUUUGUCUUUGUUAAUGCUGUUGAUGAGUCAACCAAGUAUGUCAAUUUUUCUGCUGGCCAGGAAGACGGAAAUCAGACUGUGGAACAUCGCUAUGAGGUGAAGAACACAUAUACACGAACGGUUCCUGUCUCAAUCACGUUUCAGUUCCCUGUGCAACUGAAUGGGACAUGGGUGUGGAAUGCAUCCGCGGACAUCCUUCCUGAGAUGAACCACCUAGCUCAGUGUGCCCCUGAAAGAGAGACCCCAGGGUCGAAAGAUUUUGUGGCACAACUAAGAAAGAAUUCCAUUCUGGACUGCUCUGUGGCCGCCUGUAAAACAAUCCGGUGCAAUAUUCCAUCCCUGGAGCAGAAGCAACCACUGGAGUUCAGCAUCAAGGGGAAGAUGGGAUUCCAAUGGGUCUCCCAGACCCAGCAGAAGAAAGUGACCCUGGUGAGCUCAGCAAGGAUUUCUUACGAUGAGAAAAUAUAUACCCAGAAAGAGGGCCUCCCACAGAGUAAGGCGAAUACUGUGGUGGAAUUCCUGGAGCCUUACAACUACCUUCCUAUUAUUAUUGGCAGCAGCGUGGGGGGACUCAUUCUUCUUGCCCUGAUUGCUGCUGUUCUUUACAAGGUUGGCUUCUUCAAACGACAGUACAAACAGAUGAUAGAGGCAGGAGAUGGUGAGGUGGCGGGAUCCCCACAAGACAGUAGUGCUGGCCCCAGUUCUGCUGCUACUAAAGGAUAGCCAAGCCCACAACCCAUGCCUUCUAUAGGGUGUCUUAUAGUAUGCCCACAAUAAUCAAAUGGACUGAACAAGAUGAGAUAAUUGCUCCAGAAAAAACCGGUAACUGAGGUCUGCUUCAUAGAUUGCAGUUUCCUUAAAUAGAAAGAACUUUGAUGGUAGAAAAUGACCGUCACAUGUAUCACAGUUGCUCACAUGCUGAGGUAUGUUGGGGGGUAUGUAUGUGUGCACACAGAUAAAUAUGUACAUGUGACAUCGUUACAGGUGAUAACCUAUACAGGCGUCUCCCCACUUACAUGGGGCUACAUUCCCAGGUACCAUGCAUAUACGUGAAACCAUGUGUAGUGGGGAACUACAUCUAAAAAGCUGAACUCCACUAAAAAGCCACCAAAAUUGCUCCCUCCAAACCUCCUUUCUCAAACUCCAAUUCUCCAAGGCCUCAAAGAUCAGUGCAAGGGCUUAUGGAAUUACUAGCCAUUUCCCCACUAUUUUCGUGCUAUUUUUUGCAGUUAUUCUGUUCUUUUUGUGCCAUUUUUGCCCUGUUCACACAUUUUUUGCAGUUUAGAUUAAUUUAUUUAAUUCUUUCCCAAUGCUUCACAUGUUCAUGCGCAAGUCAAACAUGCAUAAGUGGAGAAAUGCCUGUACCAGGAAUUGGCAACUUGUGGUCCUCUAGCUGUUCCCUCCCAUCAGCCAGCAUGCUCAAUUGACAGGGAUGAUGGGAGUUGGAGUCUAACGCCAGGUGGAGGACCACAGGUUCCCCACUCCUGACAUACACACACUCCUACAUAAAAGUGCUUUUUAUGCAGGAAAAUAUGCCUAUCAUGGCUUUGAAAGCUAGGGAUCAUGGCUUCUAAUCCCUGUGUCUAUGGGCUGGUGAAGUUCAGUCAUAUGUUGCAGAAGUGUGAGAAAGAUUGCCUUAUUUUUGUAGCACAUCCAGCAAUACACAUGUGGUAAAAUGUUAUUGUCCUUAUAAAUGUAGCAGACUGAAAAGAAUGUAAGCAGCGGCAUCUUAGCUGUUAGAAGGGAGACUGAACCAAAUUUAUGUGGUCAAGGGGUGAGGCAUAAGUGUCUUGCACAGUUCCUUCUCAAUCUUCCAUAGCAAUUAUUCACUGGUCCCUGCCCUUGUACUCCAGAUAUAACUAUCUCUAUCCCCAAUUUCUCCCAGCUUUUGCAAAAAGAAAGUGGAGAGGUUUUGAAUAAAUGGAUCACAGAAGAAAAAAGGGGGGGGCAAAUAUCUGCAAAUGCACUUAUAAAUCAAUCCUGGCCCUGGGUUUUAAGAUCUCAGGCACAGCAUUUAAAUUAAAUGCUUUUAGGUGAAAUGUUGGGUUUUUCUGCCUGGGGACCAUGUUCCAGCACUGGAGAUAGAUGUAUCAGAUUGUUCCUUCUGCAGCUUAAUCUGCUGUGCAAACAGUUGCUGCCUGAAGAAGUCUCGUGGUUGUUUCUUUAAUUCACAGUUAUGCUGUAUCUUGGCCUUGGUAUGUGGAUAUAAAUUUAUAACUAUCAACAUAAAAAAAAAUACAUGAUGCAAAUUUGAGCAAAAUACACAUGAAGUCAUCCAGGUCUUUAGGAACUGUAAACAUAGGAAGCAUGUCAAUGCAAGCAAGAUCAGCUGCAAUCCUGACAGAUUUUUCACUGUUAAUUGGCUAUCAGGACUUCUUUGGGCGUGGGGUUGAACAUCUCUAGGCUAACCUCAGCAGCCCUGGGUGAAAGCUAUCAUCUAAUGCACUAGGCAUCAAUUGUUUCCCAGCUGACCCCUUUUCCCUCCCUGAAAAUUUGGCAGAA